CAGCUACACCUUCAAUAUGAGACGCAAAACAGAAAAGUGCAAGUGGGAGCCCUUCGUUCAGUGAAAUUACUUUUCAUGCUCUCGACGCUCUCUUUGUGGUCCAAGACAGUUUCUGCUGUCUUCCGGACGAAACCCGCCAGUUUUCAGUUUCACACAUUUUCUCCUCUACAAGUAACUCUCAAUCAAGUCCUCCGGGGUGCUCGUAAGAAGAAAAAAAAGAAACCCCCAGCUUCUGCUGCUCUUAAUGGAAACCCCUUUUUAAAGGGUGUGUGUACAAAGGUGUUCACAAUGAAACCCAAGAAACCCAACUCCGCCAUUCGUAAAGUCGCGCGUGUCCAGCUUUCGAACGGCAGAGCCAUCACUGCGUAUAUACCAGGCAUUGGUCAUAACGCCCAAGAACACUCCGUUGUCCUUGUCCGUGGCGGACGUGUUCAAGACUGUCCAGGUGUGAAAUACCAUCUUGUCCGAGGCGCCUACGACCUUGCCGGUGUCGUAGGUCGCAUCACUUCUCGUAGCAAGUACGGAGCCAAAAAGCCCAAGUCCGUCUAGAGAGACAAUUGGUAGUAGUAGCCACAACGGAUCAACACCUCGCUAGUAAUGAAACUAAUGGAUGAAAUUGAAUGAGACACAGUUAGACGUAAUAGCAAUGAAACGUCUCCCCAUCAAUCACCAAGA